GGAAAAGGAAGGAAUGAAGGAAGGAAGGAAGAAAGAAAGAAAAAAAGAAAGAAAGAAGAGAAGGCAACAGGACGAGAAAUGUUUCUCAGUCGGUGGUAGACCCCGCGUUCGUUAAGUGAUAAAUUAAGUUUAUCCUAAUAGUUGGAUUUUAUGAUUUUUCUAACGUGCAACGAAAUAAAUCAAGGUCACGAAAAGACCCUACCUCGUAGAGUAACUUGCAGUAAUUGCAAUCGUUUUUUUUAAUUGUUGUUCUUUUUGCUCGUUCAACUCGUGAAAUACGAAGAUAAAGAAAGAAAACUGGGAGACCGGUACAUACAGUAGUCGCGGAGGACGACAGGAUCAACUACGGAAAAGUAUUAACGAUUAAAUCAAAAUGGUCAUCGAAAAGAGAAUCAACAUUGAAAAACCUUAUUGGGAUCAGAGUACUUAUCGUGGUAGAGCACUGCAUUUUCUUACGAUUACCAAUCCUCUAAAUGUUUUCGCAUCGAAUAAAUCUCUCGAACGUGCACGAGACAUCGUUACGGGAUACAGGAACGGAUAUUCUCUAAGGGAAUUAGGUAUAACCGAAAAUGAAUUAUGGAAAGAAAAAUAUUUAUUCGACAGCGCUUAUCAUCCAGAUACAGGAGAAAAGAUGCUCUUGAUCGGUCGUAUGAGUGCCCAAGUGCCGAUGAACAUGACCAUAACCGGUUUGAUGAUGACGUUUUACAAAUCAACACCGGCAGUGAUAUUUUGGCAAUGGUGUAACCAAUCGUUCAACGCUAUAGUAAAUUAUACGAAUCGGAGUGGUAAAUGUCCAAUACCGAAAGAUAAAUUAAUUCAAAGUUAUAUUGGUGCUACUGGAGGAGCAGUGAUAACAGCCCUAAUUCUAAAUAAACUGGCACGAAGUGGCCCGGCCUUGGCCGGUCGUCUUGUACCACUGGCAGCCGUGGCCGCCGCCAAUUGCGUUAACAUUCCAUUAAUGAGGAUUACUGAACUUCAAAAUGGCAUUGAGUUACAAAACGAAUCCGGCAAAGAGGUCGGCAAGAGCAAAUCAGCAGCUCAAAGGGCCAUCACUACAGUCACGUUAUCGCGUAUUCUUAUGGCUUCCCCUAGCAUGGUACUCUCACCGAUCCUAAUGAACUACAUAGAAAAACGUAAUCUAUUAAGAAAAGCUAGAUGGGUUUCAGCACCGAUUCAAGUUAUUAUAUGCGGAAUCUGUUUAACAUUCGCGACGCCACUAUGCUGUGCUCUUUUCGUUCAACGAGUACCGAUAAACGUCGACAAACUGGAACCUAAUGUGCAACAAAUGAUACGAUCUAAGGAUCCUAAUAUUCAAACGGUUUACUAUAACAAAGGCCUGUAAACGAGCACGCCUGGAAUUAGAAAUUCAACGAAUUGUGUUCCUACUGAUUAAAAAACAAUGUAUUCAUUUAAUCAAUGCAAAUUAAAUAGAUAAAUAAUUAAUUGUUUCUGGAGAUAGAUGGAUUUUAUAAAUAUUUCUAUUUGCAUUUAUGAAAAUUACACGCUAUUGAUAUAAUUUAAUCUUUAAAUAUUAAGUAUCAAAUACCAUUGAUCUCAAAUAUUCGGAAUAUCCGAAUUAAAAAAUAAUAAUGAAGACAAUAAAAGAAGAAUUGCGAUAAA